UAAAUUUUGACAAGACGAAAGUUGUAAAGUUUUCUCAUUGAAUAUUUUCUGAUCAGAGUGCUUCAGUUCUUCGCAGUAGUUUCUUUCAGUUUUGGUGUGUGUUGGGAAUAGACCAGUCGUAUAUUUGCAGACAACCUGUAAAUACUCCGUCUUAGACAAAAAAAAAAGUUAAUUUCUAAAAAAAGAGUAUCAAAAAAUUUAUUUUUGAUUUAAAGAAAAAAUUUCAAGUUUUACAUUUCCAAAUAGAGUAAAUUGAAAUAAAGAAAAGUUAAUAAAACUUUUCCGAAAAAGAAAAAUAAUUAUAAUACUAGUUUAAAGCUUUUAAUAAAUAAAAAACACAUCAAAUUUAAAAAAAAAUGGCAGAUGAUAAAGCACCCCCUUAUUCACCAUUUUUCGGAGUUAUGGGAGCUGCAUCAGCUAUUAUAUUUAGCGCACUUGGUGCGGCAUAUGGCACAGCAAAAUCAGGCACAGGUAUCGCUGCAAUGUCAGUGAUGCGACCUGAAUUGAUUAUGAAAUCUAUCAUUCCUGUUGUCAUGGCUGGUAUUAUUGCUAUUUAUGGACUGGUCGUAGCGGUUCUUAUUGCCGGUAAUUUAGGUGAAGCGCCUGGUUACACAUUAUAUAAGGGCUUUAUUCAUUUGGGAGCCGGUUUAGCUGUCGGAUUUUCAGGAUUGGCAGCUGGUUUUGCAAUCGGUAUUGUUGGUGAUGCUGGUGUAAGAGGUACAGCACAACAACCACGUUUAUUCGUUGGUAUGAUUUUGAUCCUUAUUUUCGCUGAAGUAUUAGGUCUGUACGGUCUCAUUGUCGCUAUUUACUUGUACACAAAAUAAAUAGCUAAUUUUAGGAGACUAUUAUUUUUCAAAUUUUUAUCUUAAUUUCUUUUAAAUUUAUUGAUUCAUUUUUUUUUUUUUUGUUUUGAUUUCGCCAAUUGUAUGUUUAGUUUUUUUCUUACUUUUUAAUUUUCUGUUAUAAUUUUUCUUUAUCCUUUAUAAUAAUAAUUAUAUUAUAAAUUUAAAAUAAAAUUUCUUUUGUAAAUUUUUCGUCAUCCACAAGCAAAACUAAGAAAAAAAUCAUAAUUAUAUACAAAAAAUAAAUAAGAAAAUUAAAAUAAUUAAUUAUAUAAUAAGCUCAUUUUCUCUUGGAAAUAAUUAAAGAAACAAAAACAAAUUAAAAGUAUAAUAAAAAAAUAUUUAAAAAAGGAUGUAUUCAUUGUUAUCAUUAUUAUUAUUACAAUUAUAAUUAUUAAAAGAAAUUAAUUAAUUAUAUGAAAAGUGAGGAGAAAACCAAUACAAAAACAAAAAUUAAGAAAAAGUUAGAAUCCAAAUUUUAAUUAAUUGAAAACAAAAAAAGCGAAAAAGGAUUAAACUAAACAAAAAAUAAAUAAAUAAGGAAACAAUAUUAUAUAUGUAUAAAUUAAAUUAAAAUAAAAACAAAUAACAAAAAGAAAAUAUGUAAUAUUAAAUGUAAAUUUUAUUUGUUUAAUGAAAAUAUAUUUAAUAAAAUAAUAAAUUAAUUAAAAAAAAUCAAAGAAAAAUUGUAUAAGAUAUAUAAAAUAAACAGUCACCACCACACUUAAAGUAUUGAAUUUUAAAAUUUAAUUUUUUACAUUAAUUGGGGUGCCUUCAGAAUAUCUUGAUUAUUAUCCUCAAGCCCUAAGAUUUUUGAAAAUUUUAUUAAUUUUCAAUAGUAUAUUGAAAACAAAAUUCGAAAUCACUACGAUUUUUGAAAAUAUUUUAUUUUUACAUAUAAAAAUAAAAAAAAAUUUACUUUAGCAAGUUUACUUUUACAAAAUUGAAAGAUAAAAUAUUCAGUGUUACUAUAUAUCCAAAAAUAAAUAGUAUUCAUUAUAAAUGUACUUGGCAAUUAUAUUUUCAUUUAAUUCCAUUCACUUUAAAUGCCAAAAACAUUCAUGAUUUAUAAUUGAUAAACUGGAAGCACUUCUUAGAAAUAUACAUAUGUAUGAGUACGUAGAUAUAUUCGCUUUAUUUUUUUUUUUGUAAUAUAUCAAUAUUUUUUUAUUAUAAUUACUGGGAAAAUUUUAUAAAAAGCUGGGUACUUGACCAUUUUGCCUAAUAUAUUCAUAAAAUAUAAUAUCAUUAUCAUAUUUUAAAUUGAGUCAAUCAAAUUCAAAUCACAAAUUUAGAAAUGAAAAAAAAAAUAAUAAACAUAAUGCGAAAUUAGAUUUUUCGGAGUUCUGUAAAAAAAGGGAAUAACUUCAUUCUAAAUAAUAAGAUCUCAAUUUGUCAUUGAUAAUUUCUGAGUAUAGAUAUAAGCUAAAAUUUUCCAUAAAAGAUUAAAAAUAUUGAUUCGAAUUCUGAUUUGAAAUGAAACGUUUACAUUUUUUUAAAUUUCUCUAAAUUUGAUCAAAGGGUUUUGGUUUUCGAUUUAAAACAACAUUUAUGUUUUGUAUUAUCUUCAAACAUUCAUUUCCUUAAUGCUUUGAAAUAGGAUGUAUUUAAGUUUUUGAAAAACAAAUUAUUGUUGAUGCAUAUAUAAAAAUUAAAUUUCAUAAAUACAAAAACUAAGGUGUAAACUAAACUAAAAUGAAGCGUUUGUCGUCUCAACUUUAUAUAAAACAUAAAACAGAAACUAUUUUAAUAAUUAAUUAAAUUCUUAUGUUGUUGUUCUUUGUAAAAUAGUAAAAAUUAAUUAUUAAUAAUUAUAAAAACAUAAAAAAAAAAAACAAAAAAAAAUAAAAAAAAAAAACAAUUGAAAAAUUUAAACCAAAAUGUAAGAAGUGAAAUAAUGUAAUUUACAAUACACGUUUAAUUUUUCCGAUUAGAUUUUUAUUUUUUAAUUUUUAAAUUUAAAAAAAUGUGAAAUAUUGUAAUAAGAAUAAAUAUAUAAAUAAAAUAAUAUAAAAAAAGUAAAUAAAUAAAUCUGCCAACAACAGAA